AGAUCACUCAACGUUCAGCGGUUCAGGAGCAGCAGUCGCCAGGCCUCUCAGUCAUCAAUGAAGAAGUCCAAGUCCUACAAACUGGAGGCCCCCGAUGGUGGUUGGGGCAUCCUUGUGUGCAUUGGCAUGGCCCUGCCGUUUACUAGUGCUUUGGCCGCUCUGCCAUCGUUCGGUCUUGUUUUCGGGGACUUCCUGAAGAGUAUUGGCGCAGAGACCAGUGCCAUGGCUAUCAUCACCAGCGCCUUCUUUUCGGCCAUGAGUUUUGCUGGUCUAUUUUCGGGCUCGCUGUUCCAGCGUUUCGGCAUGCGAGCGGUUGGCGUCACGGGUGGAGUCCUGUAUUUCCUGGGAACGGGAAUGCAACUGUUUGCCACCUCGACGAUGCAUCUAAUGCUGGCGUUCAGUUUGGUGCAGGGUUUGGCCUUUGGCCUGAUGGUGCCCACCUGCUAUACGACCUUCAAUCAUUAUUUUGUGAAGAAUCGUGUGAUGUGGAUGAGCUUUGCCCAGACGCUGAUCGGCCUGGGAUCGAUGCUCUAUCCGAUUGUGAUGCAGAAACUGAUGCAAUGGUACGGCUUCCGCGGGUGCCUGCUUAUCCUCACUGGCCUCAAUGCCCACGCCGUCCUGGGUAUGCUCGUAAUGCAUCCCGUCGAGUGGCAUAUGCGUCGUGUGCCCCUCAGCGAGGAGGAGCUGCAGCUUCAGGAGAGAGAGAAAACCACCACAGUGGUGGUGCGCAUCCAGCCAGAGACUCCGCUGAAAGCUACAGAAGAAGAGCCCAAGUUUCAGCGGCGACUCUCGCAUGCCGACGAGCACAUGCUGAAGGUCAUCUCCAGUCGGGCCUCGAGCAUCACCAGCCUAGGCAACUGGUCCGGCCCAGUGGUCGUCAGCGAUGCCUCGCCACAAAUGCUCCACAGCCUGCAGGCAUCCAGGCGCCCCUCGACAGUCAGUGGAUCACCGACACCGCAUACAACGGCGGCUCCCGAUGCCUCCACCUCCGUCCCCAAAAAAGGAUGGACCCGCACAGUUGUGGACUUUCUAGAUCUGACGCUCCUGAAGAAGCCCAUCUACGUCAACAUUGUGCUGGGCAUCACCUUUGCCCUAUACUCGGACAUCACGUUCUUCACCAUGCAGCCGGUCUAUCUGUUUGAAUUGGGAUACAGCAGGCCCGACACUGCUACUAUUAUAGCAAUUGGAGCAGCCGCCGAUUUAAUAUCGCGAAUUUUUCUGGCCGUCACCGCUGUUUGCAUACAAGUGCCCUCUCGAUAUAUUUACUUGGCCGGAGCUGUCUUCACGGUCUUUGCUAGAUUUGUUUUUAAUGGAAUCACAGAGUUCGUGGGAAUGGCCUGCAUCACCGGAGUUAUAGGAUUUUUGCGCACGUGGCUGCAUGUGCCGCUGCCUCUUGUUUUUGCCGACUAUUUGCCCAAAGAGAGAUUUGCCACCGGCUACGGACUGUUUAUGUUCACGCAAGGAAACGCCAUGUUUCUCAUCGGACCGAUCGUCGGCAUUAUCCGCGACAAGACACGCGACUACAUAUUAGUUUUUCACAUUUUGAACGGGUUUAUGAUUCUUUGCGCCGUACCCUGGGUCAUCGAGGUGCUCAUUGUUAAAUUUCGGAGACGCAACAAAAUCGAACGCAAUAACGUCGAUCACGAGGAUGUGCCCGACACGGGGCGCAGUACAGUUGUCCACUGAAAACCACUCACACUUGCUUGUAUUCUCUGUCUGAAAUAAAGAUAAAAACUAUAAAAAAAUGUUUCAACUUAUGGCGGCCAACGGAAUUGGCAGUGCUGCAGUUCGACUACGUACGUACGAGCAUCAAUAGUAAAG